UGAUCGGAUUUCAGAAAGGGACUAAUAGAGAGAGGGUGUGUGUGUGAGAGAGAGAGACCGAGACAGGUAGACCAUUUACAUUUGCAGCUUAUAAGAGAAGAUUAGCCACAGAGGCAGAGGGGAACCUUUGUUUUGUUUCUUUUUCCUCCUCUUGAAGAAAAUAAAAAAAUUUAGAAAGAAAAAGGAGUACGUUCGGUGAAUAUUUACUGACUCGGAUAUGGACGGUAACUUUCUCGUUUCACGGCGGAUGAUUGACGGUUUUGAUGUUUCGUCGUCUGAUUCCGAUGAAGCUCACGUUCUGGCCGUUGAUGACAGUCUCGUUGAUCGGAAGGUUAUGUUUGUUUCAUGGAAUUUUGAAUGGAAAAACGGUCGGAGUGUGCAGUGACGGCUGUGGAUAGUGGAAGGAGAGCCCUGCAAUUCCUGGGGCUGGACGAGGAGAAGAGCGCCUCCGUUGGUUUUGAUGGCUUGAAGGUGGAUCUGAUCAUCACAGACUACUGUAUGCCUGGAAUGACUGGAUACGAAUUACUCAAGAAAAUCAAGGAAUCCUCUACAUUCAGAGAGAUUCCGGUGGUGAUUAUGUCCUCUGAGAACGUCUUAGCGCGUAUUGACAGAUGUUUGGAGGAAGGGGCAGAAGAUUUCAUAGUGAAGCCGGUGAAGUUAUCGGACGUGAAGCGGUUGAAGGAUUACAUGAUGAGAGAGGAUGGAGUUGGAAGUGAGAAUAGAGGAGGGAUCAACAAGAGAAAGCUCCAAGAUUGUUGCGAUCUGAGUUCAUCAGAACCGUCAAAUUCAUCAUCACCAUCAUCUUCUUCAUCAGAAUCGCCAUCACGUUCGCCUCCAUCGUCGUCAUCGCCACCGUCUAUUCCCACACCUUUAGAUUCUCCAAUCAGGCGGCUUAAAAUGACCACCACCGAUUUGAUUGAUUAAGAUCGUUCACACCUCUCUCAAGUCUACAGUUGGAAAUCCUGCAAUCUCUGCAAUUACCUUUUUUCUUUUUCUUUUUUCUUUUGUUUCACUUUCUUUCUUUUGGUAAAAACUGCAAUUGUCCGUUACGUGUAACGGUUUUUGUUGCAUUUUUGUUUUUUCCGUUAUUUAUUCUGCUUGUUGGCGUGAGGGGGUGAGCUCGAGUCACUAAACCGAUUCCGUGACUAUACUAAAGAUGAAUCUCAGCCCUUUGAUUUAAAUUUGGUCGCUA